AUGAAGUUGGCCUAUCUCCUCUCCGCCUUUUUGGCUACUUUAGCGGCUGCCAGCCCCAUCGCCACCAUCUCCGACCCGGCUGAGAACACGGAGCUGGCCACCCGUACUGAUAAUGCGCUAUCAAAGCUCAGCACCACGAUCAGGAAGAACUUCGAGGCUAGGUUGUACCACGUGGCCAAGGACACUUCUGGCAAGUCUGUACUCAAAGGUGCACACUCGGGAAAAGAAGGACAGCGACCACAAGCCCCCCUCCGCUUCGGUGGCGUUACCAACAAAAGGAAGCAUGAUGCCAUUGCGGGAAAUGCGCGGGAAUGGUCGAUAUGGGGUUUAGCUGUAUAA